GAGAAGCCGGCGCUGGAGGGUGCGCUGCGCCGCUGGUCGCUGAGGGACUGCGGGGGCCACCGCCACCGGCUACUUCCACCCUUUCCCGAGAGGGUACUUGGUUUUAUCAGGGACCCUUGUGGUGCAAUGGUUAAGAGCUCGGCUGCUAACCAAAAGGUCAGCAGUUUGAAUCCACCAGCCGCUCCUUGGAAACCAUAUGGGACAGCUCUACUCUGUUCUACAUGGGUCGCUAGACAGUGGGUUUGGUGUGGAAAUUAUAAGAAAAAAUAUUUGGACUGGGGCUUUGAGCAAGCAAAUGCUAACAAGCAACGUAAAGAAGAUCCUUAACAGUCAUUUCUCAACAAUUAUAUAGUCAACUGAUGUAACAAUGGUACUAAUAUUGGGACGCAGACUAAACAGAGAGGAUCUUGGGGUGCGUGACUCCCCAGCAACCAAGCGUAAAGUUUUUGAAAUGGACCCCAAAUCUCUGACAGGUCGUGAGUUUUUUGACUUCUCUUCAGGAUCAUCCCAUGCUGAAAACAUACUCCAAAUAUUCAAUGAAUUCCGAGAUAGCCGCUUGUUCACAGAUGUUAUCAUUUGUGUGGAAGGAAAAGAAUUCCCUUGCCAUCGAGCCGUUCUCUCAGCCUGUAGUAGCUACUUCAGAGCUAUGUUUUGUAACGACCACAGGGAAAGCCGAGAAAUGUUGGUUGAGAUCAAUGGGAUUUUAGCUGAAGCUAUGGAGUGUUUUUUGCAGUAUGUUUAUACUGGAAAGGUGAAGAUCACUACAGAGAACGUACAGUAUCUCUUUGAAACAUCAAGCCUCUUUCAGAUCAGUGUUCUCCGUGAUGCUUGCGCCAAGUUCUUGGAGGAGCAACUUGAUCCUUGUAAUUGCUUAGGAAUCCAGCGUUUUGCUGAUACCCAUUCACUCAAAACACUCUUCACAAAAUGCAAGAAUUUUGCUUUACAGACUUUUGAAGAUGUAUCCCAGCAUGAAGAAUUUCUUGAGCUUGGCAAAGACGAACUUAUCGAUUAUAUCUGUAGCGAUGAACUUGUUAUCGGUAAAGAGGAGAUGGUUUUUGAGGCCGUCAUGCGUUGGGUAUACCGUGCUGUUGAUCUGAGAAGACCACUGUUACAUGAGCUCCUGACACAUGUGAGACUCCCUCUGUUGCAUCCCAACUACUUUGUUCAAACCGUUGAGGUGGACCAGUUGAUCCAGAAUUCUCCUGAGUGUUACCAGUUGUUACAUGAAGCAAGACGGUAUCACAUACUUGGGAAUGAAAUGAUGUCCCCAAGGACUAGACCACGCAGGUCAACUGGUUAUUCUGAAGUGAUAGUUGUUGUCGGAGGCUGUGAACGAGUUGGAGGCUUUAACCUUCCAUACACUGAGUGCUAUGAUCCUGUGACAGGAGAAUGGAAGUCUCUGGCUAAGCUUCCAGAAUUUACCAAAUCAGAGUAUGCAGUCUGUGCCCUGAGGAAUGACAUUCUUGUUUCAGGUGGAAGAAUCAAUAGCCGUGAUGUCUGGAUCUAUAAUUCACAGUUAAAUAUUUGGAUCAGAGUUGCCUCUCUAAAUAAAGGCAGAUGGCGUCACAAGAUGGCGGUCCUCCUUGGUAAAGUGUAUGUUGUUGGCGGCUACGACGGGCAGAACAGACUCAGCAGUGUAGAGUGUUACGAUUCCUUUUCCAAUCGAUGGGCUGAAGUUGCUCCCCUUAAGGAGGCCGUGAGUUCUCCUGCGGUGACUAGCUGUGUGGGCAAGUUGUUUGUGAUCGGUGGAGGGCCUGACGACAAUACCUGUUCUGAUAAGGUUCAGUCUUAUGAUCCAGAAACCAAUUCUUGGCUACUUCGAGCAGCUAUCCCAAUUGCUAAAAGGUGUAUAACAGCCGUAUCCUUAAACAACCUGAUCUAUGUUGCUGGUGGCCUGACCAAGGCAAUCUACUGUUAUGACCCAGUGGAGGAUUACUGGAUGCAUGUACAGAAUACAUUCAGCCGACAGGAGAACUGCGGUAUGUCUGUGUGUAAUGGUAAGAUAUAUAUCCUGGGAGGAAGACGGGAGAAUGGAGAAGCCACAGACACCAUUCUCUGUUAUGAUCCCGCGACAGGUAUCAUCACAGGGGUGGCUGCCAUGCCCAGGCCAGUGUCCUAUCAUGGCUGCGUGACAAUUCAUAGAUACAAUGAGAAAUGCUUUAAGCUCUGAAGCCAUGAUACCUCAGCCAAGAAGCCACACCAGUCUAAGAUGAGAGGCUGAGAAACUCCAGAGUGGAAACUUGACAUGCUUCCUUUGUGCUGUACGUAAAAGAUAGUAAAAAUAGUAAUUGUGGUGCCUUUCUCCCCAAAAUAUCAAUCUUUUUCAAACUGUAAAUUAAGCCUUUCCUGUAAUUGAAAAAAGAAAUAUUUUUGUUAAAGGUAAUGGUGGUUGUUGCUUGGCCUCUGUAAGUAUUUGUAAAAAGCCUGUGUGGAGUAGGAAAUAGUAGCUGACUCCUUUCCUUUUAGGUAUUCGUGAAUGCACUCUUCAUUUAUGUGUGUCAUCUAGUUAAAAGGCUGUUUGCCCUGUUUUGUCAGACGUGUAGAGAAAAUGGCAACCUGAGGCUUCAUGGAGGUUGAAUCACCUAAUGCUUAGAAUGCCUGUAAUGCAUGCUAAGGGGAAAAAAAAAAUCAUUAAAGAAAACCUUUUUACUAAAAUAUAUCCAAGCUGAUGAAGUUUUGAAGAAGUUUUUUCUGUAAUUGAUAAAAAUUUGAAAACAGCCAUUUGACUUUCAUAAAAUACUGAAUUCUCAUGACCUCACUUUUAGAAAUGCAGCCUUAUAUUAAACAUUUGGGAGAGGAGGGGCUGGGUAGGAGAUAGCAGAGCAAGUGUUCCUAAAAGGGCGAUAAAUUUGUGUAUUCAUUCCUAAGAAAAAAAUAUUUAGAACUAUUGAAAGGAAAAUUCACUGUUGCUCUCAAAGUACUUAUGCAUCAUCUCUAAAUCCGCCUUUUCUUGAGCCAGGCAAAGGCAUUGAAACCCAUUGUGUAUUAUUGUGAAAAACAGGGACAAGUUUUCUCCUUAGCCCAGCACGGUUUGACCUCAGUAGUGUGGUACUUUGGGUGAAGACUUCUCCCCAUGGUUAUCCGACUUUCUUGUGACCAGUUAAAAAUUCUGGGAGUCUCCACUAUUAAAAUGCCUUUAAUAGGAUAAACCAGGGACCACCUAGCUUAGUGGGUCCAUUUUUCUUUUUAAAUUAGCUAUCUGAAAAAACUAACAGCAGUAAUUCCAGUCUUCUGAGAUAAAUCUUUCAUUUGGUACCUACCCACUGUAAAAUUAUGAUCCACAUUUUCAAGCUUCUGAACAACAAAUGAUUUGUCUAAAUUUUUGAACUCUGGCUUAUAAAACUAACCAGUUUCAGAGAAGAAUGUAAAUUUUUUUCCAAAGGCAAAUGGAUUGUAAAAGGAACUACAGCACGGGUGAGGAUCAUGAUUCCUGGGCAGACGGGUAUGACUGAUAGCAUUUUAGGGAUGUUCCAAAUAGCCUGCUGAAUUUGACUUCCCAGACAGUAUUGUCAUCUGGCAUUGUAAUUUCAUUCUCUGUGUCAUAGGAGGGAUGAUGCAAAUAUGUGAUUAGAGUGUCACCAGGUUUCUGUUAACACCAAGGUGGCAAUCAAAAACCUAACAUUGGUAAACUUUUUCUCAUCUUAGAAGAUACAGACGUUUCAAAUAGACUAUACAGCGUCAACUUUAAUGCUUAGCUAGAAUCUGAACCCUGAGGAAGACUAAAACAGUUUUAAAAGUUUUAGGGAAUUUUUCUUUAUCAGCAUAAUUUGAAAAUGAUAUGUACCUUUUUGUGAUAAUUAUCAGAGCAAUUCAGAAAAUUUUUUUUUUAUCAUUUUAGUGGAAAGACAAUUAUGGGUUCAACUGGGAUACUGUGCUUUCAUUUCAGAGUGAACAGCCUCUUUUCUACACUGUAUCUUUGGUAGAAAAUGGAACCUGAAAUUUAGCUCUGAAAUUGUUUACAGUCAUGAGAUAAUGUAUGAGAAAAUGUUUUGUAAAUGCUGAGGAAUAUACAAAUGACGGUUGUUAUUUUCAUCUGUUAAGAUCAUGCCCAUCCAUGAAUACAGACACUUUACAUAAAAAAUACUUUCUCAAGAUAACUUUGUAUUCUAGUAUUUCUGUCUACUGUAAAAGUAUUAACUAUUUACUCGUAGUUUGUUAUAGAUUCAUUUUUAGUAUCCAUGUGUUCACUGUGGUAAUUUCAAAAUGAAAUCCUAAAAAACAGAAUUUGUUUAAACACAGACCUCGUACUGAUAUUGUUUAAUUUUCUUCUCUACGUAAUUUUUAACUACAUAAACAUAGUUGCAAUUUAUGUUGAAGGACACCAAGAAUUUAGUUUAAAUCUAGAAUAUUAAAGUGACUGUUUUUAAAGUUGCCCAACUGAUAUUUCAAUUUCUUUACUUUUCUUUACUGAUUCUUGAUAACAUAAUGGUGUUAGCAUUGAUAACAUAAAAGAUAAUUUUAGGGUAUAAUUAGUAUAUUGAAAGGGAUAUAGCAACUAAAUGGGUGUCAGAUUACAUUCAUACAGUCAUCACGUAGUUAACAGAUUUUCUUUUAAUAGAUGGUGCUCUUAUGAGCCUUUAGGUUAGUAUGUAUUUAUAUGCGUGUGUAUAUGUGUAUGAGUAGGUAGAUAAUAUGGUCACGUACACACAUAUAGCAGUUUGUGAUGAUCAGAAAAAGCACAUAAAGUAAAAAUCAGUUGACCAUAUUCAAUUCAAUUCCAGAAGAUUUUUCUCUUUUGGGCAUUUCUAGAAUACUUUUUUUACAUUGGAAAGUCAUUUAUCUACAGUAAGGAUCUGUAUAAUAUACCCAGUUUUACAAGAUCUGAAAACAAAUUGAAGGUAAAGAUGAGUUUGCCAAACCCAUCUGUGAUACCUCAGUGGGGAAGGGGCUUCAAGAGUAUGCUUUUAUGGAUGAACAGAAGAGUAGACUUUGUUUUUUCACGCCUUCAGCCCUUUUCCGUGUUUUCCAAUACGUGAGUGAGCUGUGAAGUGGUCUAAUUUUUACAACAAAGACCUUCCUCCUCUUCUACUCUGAUCCUUCUGCUGACCUUACUGCGCAGGUAUGAAAUGGUAGCCUAUUGGAUCUUCAGUAACCUUUUCUUUUCUAGGUGACUGAAGUAUAGGUAUUUACUCCAUUUAAACCAGGUGUUAAGACGGUGCAAAUACUCAGGGAGGGAAUUAACUUGUCCUUUUUUCCAAUUUGGGGUGGUUAAAGUGCCGUAAGGAAAUAGUCUUCAGUUUAUUAUUCUAGAGUGAAUUUGAUUUGGUAAAGGGGCUUCACACAAGGCGGUGGUUAAACAUUCAUUCUUUCAUCAAUGUUUUGUGAACUGAUACAUUUUCUCUUAGUGAAUAUGAAUUGUUCUUGUAUCUCUACUGUCAGAUACCCUUUUUGAAACUCAGGAAAGACAAAGGUUCAAUUAUACUACUUUUGUCAACAUGCAAAUCAGGUUUGUUUUUUUGUUGUCGUCUGGAUAUGGCAAUAGAUUACAAAAAAACAAUUGCUGUGAGAACCCAUACGUGAAAAUAGAGGGGUUGAAUUGUUUGUGUGUGUCCUUUGUGUCUUGAGAUUUAUAUGUGGAAAAGGCAUCUUUGACUCCAGACUGUUAUCUUCAAAGAGGAGAGAUGGCUGCUAUCUA